AUGAGCACCCUUCUUCCGGCCGCCGAUUCUUCCCCGAUGAUCCCAACUCCUCCGCAACAACUCGAGAACGACAAUCCAAUCAGAAUAAAAAACAAUAAGACGAGGAUGAAGAAGAAGAAGAAGAAUAAAUUGUUCUCGGUAGACGAAGCUUCAUCCUCGUCCUCUGCAACUUCAUCUUCCUCCUCUUUCAGCUCCGCCCAGAGAAAUUCAGGGCCCGCCGGCGUACCCCGUCGCCGGGAGUUGGUGGUUGCUCCGUUACGGCGGAGUCGCGGGGAUGGCAAUCGUGGGGAGAGCUUGGACGCCGUUGCUCUUCCUCUCGGCAUGUCGUUUGCCGCCGUCAUUGCGCAGGUUUUGGAGAGGAAAGAUGCUGAAGGCGAAAGAAUGAUGUCUGCAGAGCUCCUUUCAGCGAUAUGCACCACUGCCGUCAGAGAAUCUUUAGCAAAUGUUUUCGGCAAUGAAUUUGAAUUAUUCGCUAACAACUUCCAUCGGUCAUUUCGGAGCACAUUGAGGACUCUUCGAGUGAUCAAUGAAUCAUCUUUCCAUAAAGCUGAUCAUAAUUUGAGCCACCUGAAUAGCAAUAAUCUCAGUCCUGAUGAGUCGCACUUGCCAGUCAGUUCAGUACACAAUCAAUUGCAUUCAGCUGAAGAAAGAGAAGGCCAGCUGCCAACAAAUUGCUUGACCAGGGAACUCACCCUGCGUGGCCAUGACAACCAACUGACUUGUACUCCUGGCUCAUUUAGUUCAAGGAUGGAGCUGAGCACCAUAGAGAGGUCUAUCAUGGAUCAAUCUCGUUUCAAUGACCUAAAGGCUUUGGAGAUUGGUCUCUCGAUGAGGAGACUAAAGUUGAAAGAGGAACAGAUAGCUCUUGGUUUGGAUUCCAAUCGACUCGAGAGGUCUAAACUAGCAAUGGGCACUGAGAAGGCUUCUUUCAGAGCAGAAAAGUUCAAAACCCAACUAGAAGACACGAGGCAUGCUGAGCUGCUUCGCAAUUGCACAGACUGCCUUGUUGCUGGUUUGUUUUUCAUGUCAGGAUCCCUCUCAUAUGGGGCAUAUGUUUAUUCCUAUAGAAGGAUUGCAGAAGCUACUGAAUCUUGUACCACUCCUUUUGAGGAAACCAAGUCAUGGUGGGCCUCAAAAUCAUUCUCCUCCUUCAACGCCAACCUCCACACUCUCAAGUGCCAAGUCCAAGUGGUGAGCCGAAUGCUGUUCGGCCUGCUAAUGAUCCUUUCAGUUGCUUACCUCCUCCUCCAACGGUCCACCACCUCACAACGGUCGACAAUGCCAAUAACCUUCAUCCUACUUCUGCUCGGAGUCAUGUGCGGCUUUGCUGGAAAACUCUGCGUCGACACACUAGGAGGGGACGGCCUCCAUUGGCUCUUUUUUUGGGAAACUAUAUGCUCUCUCCACUUCCUCGCCAACAUGUUCACAUCCACCGUGUAUCGUGUACUCUGUGGGUCACUCGACGUCUCCACAGGAGGGUCACGACCUUGUCGGAGAAUAAUACUAUGGCCGUACUGGUUUCGACGAGCAGUUUUCUACACCAUCUUGCUGCUGGUCUUGCCAUUGUGCUGUGGGCUACUACCAUUUGCCAGGUUUUUGCCCGAUUCGUUGGUAAUGUAUAACAUAAAGACUUCUGCCUUGGGGAUGGAUGUUGGCCGAUGUGGUGAGGCUUUGGCUCAGAACAUGUUGGCUGCUUUGCUGGAUGAAGAUAUAAUCUUUCGAGCUGGGAUGCGCCCUGGAGACUCCUCUUAUCGAUCAUGGAACAGAAGUCCUGGAGGACGUUGA